UCGACCAAUCACAGAUUGAUGACGCUUCACAUGUCUGUUUAUAUUUCCUGACUGUUCGAGUUACAGCGACUCAGACCACAGACCGAAUCGUUUGUGAUCAGUUCUGAAUGUGUUGAUAGACCAGGAGCCAGACCCACGAUGGCUGAGACUCCUUUGGACCCGAAGGUACUCUGCCUCUUCGAUGUGGACGGGACCCUGACGGCCGCCAGACAGCAUGUUACCUCAGACAUGGAGCAGUUCCUCCAGAAGUUGAGAGCGAGGAUUCGAGUCGGAGUAGUGGGCGGCUCCGACCUCAACAAGAUCAAAGAACAACUUGGAGAAGACGUGAUCCAGAGAGUAGACUAUCUGUUUGCUGAGAAUGGUCUGGUGGCCUAUAAAGAUGGACAAUUACUCUCAAUUCAGUCUAUCCAGGCCCACAUGGGAGAAGAGCUACUACAAGAGUUCAUCAACUUCUGUCUCAAUUACCUGGCUACAAUUAAACUGCCUAAGAAGAGGGGGACGUUUAUUGAAUUCAGAAAUGGCAUGCUGAACAUCUCACCUGUCGGACGAAGUUGCUCACAAGAGGAGAGAAUUGAGUUUUACGAGUUAGACAAGAAAGAGCAAAUCAGGGAGAAGUUUGUGUCUGUGCUGAAGGAAGAGUUCAAAGGCAGAGGAUUGGCCUUUUCUAUUGGUGGUCAGAUUAGUUUUGAUGUGUUUCCCGAAGGCUGGGAUAAAAGAUAUUGUCUGGACAUCGUGGAGAAGGACAGCUAUAAUACUAUUCACUUUUUUGGAGACAAGACUAAACCUGGUGGCAAUGACUACGAGAUCUACUCAGACCAGCGUACAAUCGGACAUGAAGUGUCUUGCCCAGAGGAAACGAAACAACUCUGCCAACAAUUGUUUUUAGUAGAAUGAGGAAUGACAAAUAAUCACUCUAGCAUGACACAGCUAGCUGUUAGCAAUAUCAAUUACCUUUCAAAUAUUUAGUGUAGGAUAAUCAACAUUUAAUUUAAAUCCAAUUGUAUGAUUCUAUAUGCUAAAAGGUGUGGGUACGAUUAAGAAUUAAGCGUUAUACUAUAUAUUAUUAAAAUGUAAACUCUUGCAAGCCCAACAUCUGACUGCAUUUGUUUUACAAGAAAGCCCGCUCAAUAAGUAAUUAAAAUGUACUCCUGAUCAGAAUAUUUGACUUAAAGAUGAUAAAAAGAUAAUAUUUUGUGUCCUAAAGAUUAAAUAUGGAGGUCUAUACCGGUC